AUGGCCAAUUCCGUGGAACUGUUUCCGGUGGCGGACGAUGUGAUUAUAAAGCACGAGAGGGUGCUGAUGAAGCAAGUCAUGGCAGAAGCAGAGCUGUUGCGAGGCCCGCUGGAGGAGUUGCCUAAGAAGAGCGUGGAUGUGCCCGACUACACAGGAGCGGAUAAGACCAAAAAUGAACUGUGUUUGGCAUAUAGGAUGGUUGUGACCGAUCCUUUGGGUGAGAAGAAAGUAUCGCCGACGGGCGAGCUGCAGGACGGCAGACAGUAUCUAUGCGAUACGUUCAAAACGAAGGAUUCGCCGAACCGGCUAGUACUCGUAAGCCAUCUGAUGAGUGCUCUGCAGUAUGAGGGGAGCCAGGACACGUUUUUGGCUACUUAUGACCAGCUGCUGCCCAUUACGGCCUCCACCGAGCUGAAAGACUUACUGGUUGAACAGGGAUUUGUUGGCAAGGUAGAAGGGGAAUUGAAGUAUGUCAGCGCCAGGUCGGCGUUUGUUCAAUUCGGAGCAGCGCUGAUAGCAUCAGGCACAAGGGUGUUUGACGAUUACUGGGAGGUGGUAGCUAAAAAGCAGAACUUGACGCCCCACGAUAGAGUGUUCAAGCUAUCCAGGCGAUUGAGCGACGCGUUGAGGAAGUUGAAACCGCAGCUGUUCUCGCAGCCAUCUCAGCGAAUCGAGCAUUCUUCCACGAUAAGCGACCGGGUGUUCGAACCUCCGUAUCUCACGGUGACCGAACAGCCUUCUGCUGAGAUCAGGCUACACUAUGGCAGGGAGUUCGCCAAUGGUGAGCAUGCGUCUGCUGUUGUGCCGGGGCAAAAUAUUACUGGGUCGUUGGAACUUAGCGCUCUGUUCAAGAUUCCGAAGUACCACAGUAAGAAUUCUUUUCAGCAGGCUACGCAGAUGAAAGCUCUUGACUCGCCAAUUGGCAUACAGUUGCAGACGAAUGGCACAGAUGCUACCGCUGCGGGAGAAUUCCAGUCUCCAGGUACGCCGCAACCAGCUAUUAAACCCAGUAAAAGAAUGUUAAACAGUAUACUAGAUGCCGGCUCACUUGGCAAAGCAAAAAAAGCUGAGGAGCAAGAAGAACAAUAUGGGCAGCAUACUUCGGCUUCAGUGGAUGAAGACUUACACAUCAGUGGUUGGAAGUUCGACUUGCUGCCGCUAAAGACAUCCGACGAUUCAGUCUCUCAGCGAUCCUCAAGGGGGCUUCCUUUAUAUGAGAAAGAUCGUCUGAUUCAAAGACUCAACAAGCUGACACCCAACCAGAUCAGAGAGGUUGAACAUUCGCACGACUCGCUGUAUCUGAACCUUGGCUUACAGAACGUACGAAAAAUUAGAUCAAAAAAAUGGUUAAAAUAUUGGCAAUAUAAAACUGGAGUACCAAUUGGGUUGAUGAGUACCGAGCUGGACUACUUCAGAGAGCAAUACCUGAAAGAGGUUCUUGAGCAAUCAAGCUCUGUUACGAAUUAUAACCCAGAGACCAACGUUGACGAGACCCAUGUCACUGUUAGAAGGCCCAAGGUAAAUUACGUAGGAUACUCGAACAUCCGCGGUUUCAAACCGCCCUAUGUAUCGAAACCAUAA